ACUGUCGCCAUUUUGCCUUGAUUAUCCCGUUAAUGUGAAUGUGAGUGUGUAGAGUAAGCUGCCCAGAAAUAGAGGGGUUUUAGUAUUGACUUGUGGUGCCAUGGCUGCUGAUCGGAAUUGAAGAGAGGCACGAACUCCGAUAUGAGUAUCACCAACUAUGCAAAUACCGUGGUCGAUGGUGAAACAAUCUCAAUUCUUGACCGUUCAAUGCGACGUUGUUAGGCUAUGCUAUGGUUGUGUCAAGGUGGUGAAGUCGCACAGACCCUGGCCAGAGAGCAGGCGGGGUUGACGCGGCCAAACGCGCUUUCCCGCCCGAUGAUCCACGACGCGAGUUGCGCAGCCCUUCUAUUUCUACAGCAAUACAGUCGCUAGUAUCUUGUUUGAGAGAAAGUUGCGCUCGAGGACCAUCAUGUACGGCGAGAUCGGCAACAAAUUGGUACAGCACGCCAAACGCACUCAGUCGCUGGCACACCUGCCGCCGUACCAGACCGAGCUGGUGCGAGCCGUCACUCGCGAAGUACGCGACCUCGACAAGGACGUGGCCACGAUCCUCGAGCCAUUCGCCGGCUCCUUUAACCCCUCCACUGAGCCCGCAACCGCAUGCGCCCUCCUCGUAAACCACCUGUGCAUGAGGAGAGACAAGCGCUGCCUGCUCGCUUAUCACCGUACACGGACCGACAAACUCGAGGAAAUGUGCUGGAGUGGCAUUGAUGUGCUCGAACGGCAACAGCAGCUGUCGCAGAAAGGAGGGGCCGACGGAGCGGGCGCACAGAUGGGCACGGAUGGGGCAGGCAGCAGCUUGAGCCCCGAGGAAGAGGAGUACGUGAGGCAGUACAGUGACCUGUUAGCAAGCUACAAGGGACAGUGGACCGACAUCGAUCUCACUGGGAGCCUGGAGCCGCCCAAAGACUUAUUCAUAGAUGUCAGGGUGCUGAAGGACGCUGGGGAGAUACAAACUGAAUACGGGGCCAUCACUUUGACCAAGAACAGUCAAUUCUUCGUGAGGCAGGGAGACGUCGAGCGACUCAUCCAGCAGGGGUACCUCCAAAGGCUCAGUUGAUCGCGGCUGCGUCUACAGCGGCAUCAAAAACGCCAUGUCCCGAAACAGUCAGUCUAUGUCGACGUAUGCGCACGGA